AUUUUGUGUAAUACAAAUUUACAUUAAUUAUUAUGAUAGUUCACGAUGUCUGAUAUUGAAUCCGAUUCGGUUGUCGUGAAAGAGGAGCCCAAAGAUGACGAUAAAGACAUUGUCAUGACAAACAGUGAGAUGGUUUUGGAUGACAUUCUAGGCGACGACAUCAUUGGGGAAUCAUCUGAUCAAGAGAUAACAGAGAGAGGAUUGAAAAAGAUCACAGCUCCUGAUUCAGACUCUAAGGACGAAAAUUCUCCUAAGAGAUCAAGGAACAACAGCUAUGCUAGUGAUCUCUCCAGUGCUGGCUCUAUCUCUAAACGUAGUUCAAAAGCUGACUGGCACAGUUUUGAUGCCCGAUAUUUUGUCAUCAAGAGCAAUAACAUGGACAACGUAGAGAUCUCAAUGGAAAAGGGAGUGUGGGCUACACCCAGACGAAACGAAGAUAUGCUGGUUGAGGCUUUCAGGCACACUAAACACGUCAUUCUGAUAUUUAGUGUUCGGGAGAGCGGUGCUUUUCAAGGAGUGGCACGGAUGAUGUCGAUGCCGCGUCCUAAUAACGGUGAUGUACACUGGAUAGUUGGGUCCACCCCUAUCCUCAGGCUUCUUCCUAACGUCUUCAAGGUUCAGUGGCUGGACAAGAGCCCUCUGGAUUUCACAAAGACUUCUCAUCUAAAGAACCGGUGGAACGAGUGGAAACAAGUUAAAAUCAGUCGAGAUGGAACGGAAAUAGAGCCCACCUGUGCUGCAGAUCUCUGCACUCUCUGGCAAAACUGCGAAAACCCCGAGGAUCACACACCCGUCAUCACAUCUCGUCGUCGCAAGAAUUCCGAAAACGCUGCAAGAGCUUCGCGAUCGGACGAGCCUGUAUCACCCUCAGCUGUUAAAACAACCUACAGUUCGUACAAAGAUAGUUCCUACAGAAAAUCCUCUCCUGAACCUAUGUCGGACGGAGAGCCAGCACCACCUGGACUGAGUUCUAGAAUGAAAGAUAGACUUGGUGGAGGAGGAAGCAGUAGCCGAGGGGAUGAGGAGAAGAAGCCUCAGAGUCAGAGGAAGAAAAGAGACGAACCUGCCUCCAGACCGCCUCGCAGGGAUUAUAGACCUAGAAAUGACAACAACAGAUAUAACUCUCAUCGGGGUUCUAACCGUAAUAAUAGUUCCCGAGAGGACAGAUCAGACCGGAGACCAGAUCGUCGUGAGAGAGACACCCGGCCAGCGCGCAGCUCCCGUCCAUCACAUCGCUCCAGAUCCAGGUCUCCUGUCGCUUCCUCCUCAAAAAGGAGGUCUCCUCCAAAAGAGAGCAGUGCCAAGGAUAUUCUACUACACGGGUCGUAUCUAGACUACGUCAGAGAGUACCAAAGUAAGCACUCCCGACUAGCCGCUUUACUACAAGACCCAGUUUUACGACAAGAUAUCUUCAAUGCUGCUCAGGUUGCUGCCAGUGCUGGUACCUCUUCUUCCUCCUCUUCCAGAACUUCUCGACGGAGAAAAGAUGAAAAAUACUUAGACUCACGAGCACACUCAGCGCUGGUGGACGAGUUUUUAUCUACCCACAACAGACGGUAGAAGGAAACGGAGACGCUCAUUAUUGCUUGAAAACUAUUUGACACUUACUGACUAACUCAGACACUUCCGUCAAAUAAUAAAAGAAAAUUGUGCCGCACAUGUUAUUUUAUUUGAUUAUUCAUUAAUUUUACAAGAAAAUUCUCGUUGGGAAUCUUUAAACUAAAGGAUUCCUUGAUUUCAAAACUGUGAUUCGUUCGCCUCGUUAAUGCUAAAUUUGGGUUAAUCCUAUUUUAGCUCUUAUCCGCUUUAUUUGGCUAUAAUAGUAUGCUGCAUUUAAUCAACUUUCUUUUGCUGUUCUGACCCUAACAUUGAUAUGGUGAUAUAAUGAUACAUGGUGAUUUUUUCUAUUCGAAGAUAUCGUGAAAGUAGACCUAUUUUAAAGUAGACCUUCUAGUUCUAGAAAGUGUGUGAAUUGAUUUAUUUUGGUUAUUUUAAAGUUUAGAUGUAAGAUAUUAACAUGGGUAUCAUUGAGCUCUUUGCGAUAUAUUUACACGUAAAGCUGAGAGAGCUGAACACUAUUACAAAGCAUAUGAUUGAUGGUUGUUUGAACAAUAUAUCAAUCGGAAGCUAAUCGGCCCUAAUGGAUUCUAGGCCGUUUUCAAAUAAUAUUACGCGCAGAUAGGAUGUAUUUGCGAUGGACUCUUGGCUGGCCAUCACGCUAGCUUUACCUACGCUAUUGCUUGUUUAACAAUUUGAUAGGCUAUAUUGAUUGUGAAGUUGAUCAACAAUACUGUUUUCACUCUGUGAAUAA